AUGGACUACCAGCAGUCCAACAACCGCCCUCGCUCCGUCGCGACAGGCCACACGGGCGUGUCGAGGCGCAGCUCAGUCACGAGCAGGCAGUCGCAGCUCAUCAAGAAGAACACCGGCCCCUUCGAGCUGCGCCCCUCGGACAUCCUCAUCGAGCGCUUCUCGGCAUGGAAGCGCCUCGUCAAGAACCUCAUCACCUACUUUGAGGGCAUCGCAGACAUCGAGGCUAACACGGCAAAGGAGCUGGCGAGGCUGGGAGGCGUCAUUCAAGUUCCUUUCCGCGAGGGCAACCAGUUCCUCGGCGAGGGAGGCGUCCAGGACAUCUUCUACGGCGUCCGCGAGCGCACCCGCCUGAUCGCCGACAACCACGCCAGCCUCGCCAAGACGGUCGAAGGCUCGAUCGUGCAGCACCUCCAGAAACUCCUGACCGAAGUCAAGGCGCACAUCAAGAACAUCCAACAAGACACGGGCAAACUUGCUGCCUCGGUCGCCAAGGAGCGCGAGAUCUCGACCAAGAUGAUUACCGACCUCGCGAGGAGUAUCACGAUGCUCAAGAACACGCCCAUGGGCGUCCAGGCCAAGGAGGACCCGUGGUACACCAAUUCGCUGGUUGCGCGCCAGUUGCAGAAGCAGGUCCAUGAGGAGAACGCGCUCCAGAAGAGCAUCAUCAUUAUGCAGCAGAACUCGGAGCACUUUGAGGAGGGCGUCGUCCGCGCGAUCCAGAUGGCGUGGCAGACCUUUGACGAGUGGAACGCCCGCGCGUCGUCGCAGGUCCAGGAGACGUGGUCGACGAUGGGCCAACUCAUGCGCUCUGUCGCGCCGACGACCGAGUGGAUCGCGUUCGCCUCGCGCUCCGAGUACCUCCUCGACCCCGAGACGCCGCUCCGGAACCCGAUGACGAUCAACUACCCGGGCAAGGACGACCCGUCCGUGAUCCCCGUCCACCAGGGUAUCCUCGAGCGCAAGAAGCGCUACACCAAGACGUACAAGGAGUCGUUCUAUAUCCUCACCCCCGCUGGUUACCUCCACGAGUACCCCUCGUCCGACCUCUCGAAGCACCCGAUGCCGGAACUCUCCCUCUUCCUCCCCGAGUGCACGCUCGGCGCACCGACCAACCCGCACGCACGCAGCCACAAGUUCCACAUCGAGGGAAAGAAGAGUAUCGGGGGAGACGUCGGCCACAAGUCGGGAUUGUUUGCUCUCGACGCGAGCUUUACGUUCCGCGCGAGGAGCCACGAUGAGAUGCUCGAGUGGUGGAACGACUGCAAGCAGCUCUCCAAGGUCUACCUCACCGCCUCCGAGCCAUUCGACCGUUCCGGCCCCGUCCCCGCCGCCGUCCGUUCGGCAGGCUACGUCGAAGAAGACGAAGACGAGCUCGAAGACUCGGAGGGUGGGUCGUCUGUCGAAGAAUCCGAGUAUGAGGACGAGGAGGAGGAGGAGGACGACGAACACCGUCACCAUGCGUCGCACUCGUACGCUCAGCAACAGCAGGGAGCAAACGUCGCGCCUGGCUCGACCGGCGCGCCGCAGCUUGGCCCCGCUGCCGCUGUGGGCGGGAACGGACACAAUGAGGGAGCGCCGGCGUAUUCGGCGCCUGCGGAGGGCUCGGGAAUCCAGGUUGGACACGACGGGUAUGCGGUGGAGAAGAAGGGACCGGUUGGGGGUGCGGGUGGUGCGGGUCCCUCCGGCACGAGCGGCGCGGCAGCGGGUGGGGCGUCGCACCAUGACGGCGACGAUGAGGAGGAAGAGACGGACGAGGACGAGACGGAGGACGACGACGCGGCUGAGACGGCGGAUGAGCAUCAGCAGUCCACGGCUGGGGAGGAGAAGCCCACUGCUGUCGGACACUUUGUUGAACAGCUUGGUGGUGCUGGCGAGGAGGAGAAGAACAAGGCGUGA